AUGUUGAGAGCAAAUACCGUCCUAAAACUUCGGGCACAAACGAGGACGCUUUCGAGGGCGGCUUUUGUCAAUGUCAGAACAUCCCAGCAUCUACGGCUUAGGACUGCCAUGAUUCAGACUCGAUCAUUUCAAACGACGUCAAAUCCAAGGGACAAUCAGCAGUCUCCUAUGAAGGUUUUUGUGGAUACUUUCAAAAAGGAAUGGAAGAAGAGUAAUGAACUCAAUGAUCAGAUUAAACAAUUGAAGAGCGCCACAGACGAAAUGGAGGAUAGUGAAGCAUUCAAGCGUGCCAAAGAGGCCUAUAACAAGGCGCAACAGCAGUCUGGUAGUAUUGUGAAGACAGCAGCUAAGGCUGCAGAGGCUGUUGGAGAUGCUGCCACGAAGGCAUGGGAUUCGCCGGUUGGUAAAGGGGUGAGAAAGACAGUGGAAGCAACAGCGGAGGCUGCAGACAAAGUGAUGGAACCCGUGAGAAAUACCAAAGCUUACAAAGAUGUCAAGGAGGUCUUUGAUGAAGGUGCAACUUCUUAUGGAUUAUACGAGACUAAGGAGGAAAGAUUGCAAAGAAGAGAGAGAGAAAAGAUGAAACAGCCCAAGGCAGUGAAACCGGACGAGGAAGCAGGUACUGCUGUAGUGGCUACCGAUAUAAAGCCUACAUCUAGUCUCAAAGAUAGACUGAAGGUUACUCCGGAUUCUGUCCUGGGAAAACUGCUGACCACUUUGAAAGGAAGGUGGGAAGAAGCAGACAAUCCAUUGCUUGUUAUGAUUAGAAGUGUCAGUCAUAAAAUUGGAAAGCUGUUUGCCGAAACCGAGAACGCUAAAGUAGUGAAGGCCUUCCAACAGAUGGAUCCUAACUUUACGAUUUCUAAGUUCAACAAGCAGCUUCGUGAGUAUAUCGUUCCAGAAGUGUUGGAUGCCUAUGAAACCGGUGACGAAAAGACAUUAAAGCUGUGGAUGUCUGAGGCCCCUUUCAAUAUCAUUACUGCUCAAAGAAAGCAGUUAACUCAGCAGGGGAUCUUUAGUGACGGAAGGAUCCUUGAUAUUCGUGGUGUUGAUGUCGUUGCCUAUAAGAUGCUCGAACCUAACCAGAUUCCCGUUCUUGUGACAGGUUCUAGAGUGCAAGAGAUCGUUCUUUUCCGCAACGCCAAAACGGGAGAAGUUGUCGCAGGCUCUGAAGAAGAUAUCGUGAUGUCUUCGUUUGCUAUGGUGGUCACACGAGUCCCUGAAGAGAUGGAUAACCCAGAAACCGAUGGUUGGAAGGUAUUGGAGUUUGUCAAGGGUGGUUCUAGAAGUUUCACGUGA